CGUGCAAAGUGCAUUUCGAGUAGCUGGAUUCAAUCGACCGGACUUGGGGUAAGGCGACACUACGGUACACUAGCUACUUUACUUGCCAGUCUCUUAGUAGACGUUGCCUCUCUCUCAUUCUUUUCUGCCCCUAGCACUGCAUCAGAAUACUGGACAACGAAGGGCACGUAAAGUUCAAGAAUUAUCUUACCCCAUACGCGUGGACGGGACAUCGCAACAUUACAUUGAAUCAGUGACGGGCAAAAUGGACACAACGAACGGCCAGCAUGAAGGAUGGUCACCUGCGUCGUGGCAAUCAAAGCCCAUCAAACAAAUCGUCACAUAUGAGGACCAAGCAGCUGUAUCCGCCGCCUUGACAAAGCUCCAAAGCCUACCCCCAAUCGUCACACCAACAGAGAUUGUCAGACUCAAGUCAAGUCUUCGCGAUGCUGCGCUAGGCAACUCAUUCCUCCUUCAAGGUGGCGAUUGCGCCGAGCUAUUCUCCUACUGUGCGGACAACCCCAUCGAUGCCAAAAUCAAGCUUCUUCUACAAAUGAGCUUGGUCUUGAUUUGGGGCUCUAAUAAGCCAGUUAUUCGCAUUGGCCGAAUCGCCGGACAAUAUGCGAAACCGAGAUCAAGUCCGACUGAAAUGCUAAAUGGCAAAGAGGUACCUAGCUUCAGGGGCGAUAUUCUCAACGGAUACGACCCUGAGCACAGGAGGGUGGACCCAGAGAGGCUCGUCAGCGCCUACUUCCAUUCCGCCACGACGUUGAACUACAUCCGCGGACAGCUGGCCAGUGGUAUUGCCGAUCUGCACAACCCCCUGGACUGGGAGCUCGGCCAUGUGCAAGACCAAGAGCUACAGUCAAAGUACCAGAAUAUCGUCCACAGCAUCUCGGAUUCUCUUCGCUUCAUGAGGACCAUCGGUGCGGAUACGUCAGGACAGCUACAGACGGUAGAUCUAUUCACCAGCCACGAAGGCCUGGUUUUGGAGUACGAACAGAGUCUGACGAGGCGGCUCAAGAACCCUGCUGGCUAUAAGCCUUCCCAGGCGUCGUCUGAUGGGAAGGGCUGGUACAAUACUUCAGCCCAUUUCAUCUGGAUCGGAGACCGGACGCGUCAGAUCGAUGGCGGCCAUGUGGAGUACUUCCGGGGUAUCGAAAAUCCCAUUGGCAUCAAGGUUGGCCCGUCGAUGAAGAACGAGGAGCUGGUGGAACUGUUGGACAUUGUCAACCCAAACAAGGAGAUCGGAAAGAUCACUCUCAUCACACGAUAUGGCGCGGAGAAGGUGGAGGCGAUGCUUGGCCCACAUAUUGAAGCAGUCAAGAGCAGUGGGCAUGUCGUGGUCUGGCAGUGCGACCCAAUGCAUGGCAACACCCGUAGCACGCCGAGUGGCAUCAAGACUCGGUCGUUCAACAGCAUCUUCUCAGAGCUGUCUUCGGCGCUCAAGAUCCACAAAGAGCACGGCUCUUUCCUAGGUGGCAUGCACCUUGAGCUUACCGGCGACGCCGUUACUGAGUGCACUGGUGGUAGCGAAGGCCUUGUGGAUGAGGAUCUGAGCUUGAACUACACGACGUACUGUGACCCUAGGCUGAACGAGAAGCAAGCGCUGGAGCUGGCUUUCUUGGUCGCAGGACACUACCGCGCAGAUGGGGAGCUGUGAGCGGGUGAUGGCUAUACUGUCAGUGGAUAACCUAAAAACAAAUUAAAGUACUAGAUAUAUCUGUAACGUGCCAUCCACUAUAGGAUAGCAGAAAUGUUGCACG